AUGCUCCCCAGGCUCUUCCACGCGCUCGUUCCGGCGGCCAUCGUCGCAGUCGGACGGGUGACGGCCAUUGAACCAGGUCCUCCGCUGGGACUGGAUGUCACCGCCGUUCUCUUGGCGAUGCCCACAUGCGCUGCGCCGACAGUUGCUACCGAACUGGCUGCUGCGAACUGUUCGCUGACAGACAUCAAUCUUUUUGCGGAUUGUUUGUGCACAAACAUCACCCUACAGUCCAGGAUGUCGACGAGCGUCCAGACGUCCUGCAAGUUCGAUGAUCAACUUAAGGCUGUCGAACUCGAGACGGCAUUGUGCGCCACGUAUCCGAAGGAGAGCCGCGUCAACGAGAUCAAGACAGCGUCUAUCGUGGGCCUUGCUUUGACUCUGCCAAUUGUACUGGGGCGAUGCGUUUGCCGGUACCAAAUGACCAACAACCUAUGGUGGGAUGAUUGGAUGACCAUAAUCGCCACGACAUUUUUUACCGGCCUUGCGAGCAUCGAACUCGCGAGUGCGUUCAUGGGAUUCGGACUGCACUUCUGGCAGGUUGAUCCUGGAAACGAACCAGCCUUGCUGCAGGUAUGGUCAUCUCCGCCUGUGCAAGCACAAAACUAUGAUGUUGCGAAUCUUAACACCGUCCGCUGUCAGAUGUUCUAUGUGGCCCAGAUAUUCUACAUCCUCGUCCAGGUGUUCGCCAAGGUGGCCAUCGUGAUGCUCUACCUUCGGGUGUUCACCACGCCGUGGUUCAAGUGGGCAUGCUGGGCCUUUGUCGCCUUCAUGUUUGGCCACGGCGCCAUCUUUGCUCUUUUAAUCGUGUUCCAGUGUAUUCCCGUCGCCGCAGUCUGGGACAGGGUCCUUUCGGGUAGAUGCUUGAACGUUAACGCCGUGGGAUGGGCGGGGGCUGUCCUGUCGAUCGUUGAGGACAUUGUGCUAAUGAUUUUGCCCAUUCCGGAACUCGCGAAACUUCAAGUUACCGGAAGAAAGCGGACCGGUGUUGGCAUCAUGUUUUCCAUUGCCUCGUUCGCCACCGUCACGAGUAUGAUACGACUGAAGUAUCUCGUGCAAUUCAGCAAUACAUAUGACACUACCUGUAAGCCUUGUAGACUCUGUCUCGCAUCCCAAGUAUCCGACGCCACUGACACAAAAAAAGGGGACAAUGUGGACAUUGUGGUUUGGUCCAUAAUCGAGGAAAUGUGCGCCAUCAUCUGCGGAAGUCUGCCGCCUCUGCGCCCCUGGUUCGCCCCGUUCAUCCCAAGCAUACGCGUCACAUGGAAAUCUACCAAGUUUAGCAAGAACAACUCCAGGAGUACCUCAAACACCGCCAGGAACUCCACGCUGCGCAGCGCUUCGAAAGGUACGCCUGGCCAAAAGGGCAGGUCAGCACAUCUGGAUUAUGACCAAGACUCAAAAGUCCUUUCGUAUCCCUUGUCGUCACUGUCUCAGUUUCACCAGUCGCCUGGGAAAGCAGGAGGGUAUCCGCGCGUUGCGUCGUCCCGAGAUAUCGAGACUGCAAGCUUUCCGGAUGACGCAGCCGAGAAGUCAAGCACUGGUAACAGCAGUGGUAGCGAAACCAAUCUAGUCAUCCAGGGUAAUAAUGACGUCUCCGUCACAUUUGAUGUCGAGGUGAUCAGGGUGUCCCGCAGCGAGCUACCUGGUGGCGAUUUGGGGCGAACAGUGUCGGUUAUCAGUGCCGGACAUCAGCCACGCUAAUGGGGAGGUGGAUAACAAGCACAUUCGCCGACUUUGUCGAGCCUUUUCUGCCAACCUGUCUCAUUUUUCGCCUCCAAUGUGUCCUCUCUCGUGCUGCAAGAAAAACAAAUGUGCAUUGACGGUCGUACUUUGACAAAGUGGACCACAGCCCCAAGUGAGCUUGAUAACCAGCUGGCUUCCUGGAUAAAUCAUGAAUACAAAUAUUCUGGCCGAUGAUCUGUAGGGUGUACUCCCGUCCACUUCAACGUGUAUGAUGGAAGAUGCAUCUUUCUUUGGAUGAACCCUGAAU